CGCCUCUGUUCUCCCUCCAAGGAGCCGCCUCGCCGACUCUGCCUCUGCCUCAGGACGGCUGUUGGCUGCAACCUUAGUCUGAGGGAGCAGCUCUGGGGGCGUCGAAGAGUGCUCCCUCCCCCAGACAUCCCGCAUCUCUUCUGCCAGAGCCCCCUCAUCUUCUCUGGGGUUGCAACAGUGGGAACGGCGUCGACGGCUCAUAGGUCGCGGAAGACUCAGCUCAGACCACCGAGACAACAUUCUCCUGGCAGUGAAGGGGACACCACUGGCAUCGAGGCUGGUGGCAGUUUUACCCUCACGCGGGGGGGGGGGGCGAAAAAAACUCUGAAGAGGACUACGGUUCAAGGGGCAGAGAAAACUGGAGGCAGGGUGGGGAACGGCUGAAGACGGGACCUCACCGUCCACUGCCACUGAAUCCUGUGAGGUCACAGGAGCUCCGACCUCACGUCAUCCCUGCGAUCCCCCUUGCAGGCGACACUUUGCUGGGGAAUUCCUUAGUGCGUGCCCCGAACUGGCGAUCGUGGGCGGCGCUGGGGGUGGUUACGGGGCAGCCAGACGUAGUUGCAAACCCCUGGGGGUCCUUGGGCACAUCUACCCUGGCCAACGGCCGUUGGAAGGCGCAGUUAGUUUGUUUGGGGGUCCCCGACAGCACGUACACCCCCUGACAAAUAGUUACGCCGUACAGCUCCUUGUGUGCUGAGGGAAGCCAAUUGGUGGGGAAUAAGCAGAGCCCUGAAGCUGACCGGCCACGCCAACCAUGACCUUGGGCCGAGGAGGGAUGGCUUCGGUGGUGCUGAACGUGGGCGGCGCCCGCUACUCGCUGUCCCGGGAACUGUUGAAGGACUUCCCGUUGAGUCGGGUGAGCCGGCUCCACGGUUGUCGCUCGGAGCGGGACGUGCUCGAGGUGUGCGACGACUACGACCGUGAGCGCAACGAAUAUUUCUUCGACAGGCACUCGGAGGCCUUCGGCUUCAUCUUGCUCUACGUGCGCGGCCACGGCAAGCUGCGCUUCGCGCCGCGGAUGUGUGAACUCUCCUUCUAUAACGAAAUGGUCUACUGGGGUCUGGAGGGCGCACAUCUCGAGUAUUGCUGCCAGCGGCGCCUAGACGACCGCAUGUCUGAUACUUACACCUUCUACUCAGCUGACGAGCUGGGUGCGCCUGGCCGCGAGGAGGCACGGGCUGCCAGGGGGUCCGAGCCAGCGGCUGCCAAGAAACGCUGGCUAGAACGGAUGCGCAGGACCUUCGAGGAGCCCACAUCCUCGUUGGCCGCGCAAAUCUUAGCCACCGUAUCGGUGGUGUUCGUGAUCGUAUCCAUGGUAGUACUGUGUGCCAGCACCCUGCCAGACUGGCGGGCAGCGGCUGUGGACAACCACAGCUUGGAGGAACAGAGCAGGUACACCGCCGGCCCUGGGAGGGAGCCUUCCGGGAUAAUUGAAGCCAUCUGUAUAGGUUGGUUCACUGCAGAGUGCAUUGUGAGGUUCAUCGUCUCCAAAAACAAGUGUGAGUUUGUCAAGAGACCCCUGAAUAUCAUUGAUUUACUGGCAAUCACUCCCUAUUACAUCUCAGUAUUAAUGACAGUCUUUACAGGAGAGAACUCUCAACUUCAGAGAGCUGGAGUCACCUUAAGAGUACUUAGAAUGAUGAGGAUUUUUUGGGUAAUUAAGCUUGCCCGUCAUUUCAUUGGACUUCAGACACUUGGAUUGACUCUCAAACGGUGUUAUAGAGAAAUGGUUAUGUUACUUGUCUUUAUUUGUGUUGCCAUGGCAAUUUUUAGUGCACUUUCUCAGCUUCUUGAACAUGGGCUGGACCUGGAAACAUCCAACAAAGAUUAUGCCAGCAUCCCUGCUGCCUGCUGGUGGGUGAUUAUCUCUAUGACUACGGUUGGCUAUGGUGAUAUGUAUCCUAUCACAGUGCCUGGAAGAAUCCUUGGAGGAGUUUGUGUAGUGAGUGGGAUUGUUCUAUUGGCAUUGCCCAUAACUUUUAUCUACCAUAGCUUUGUGCAAUGUUACCAUGAGCUCAAGUUUAGAUCUGCUAGAUAUAGUAGGAGCCUCUCUGCUGAAUUCCUGAAUUGAUGUGUUGCUGCUCUCCUACUGCUAUGUAUUACACGUCCACUGACCGAAGAAAACAUCAAGUCCUCCACAAGAGUCUCUUGCUGGAUGAUUUCUACAAGGAGGUUGUCAUCAGUUUUGUUGGGUAAUUGUAAUUCUGCCCAGCUGAGGAGGAGAAUGUUUCAUUUAUUAAGAAAGAAAUAGGAUGGAACUUAAGGAAGGAAACUCAUAGUGAUUCUUAGAAUGACAAAAGGAAGACUUCAGGACAUUAUUUAGACUUUAUCCUCUUUGCCUUGAAUAACUACAGAUUUCAAAAAGCACAUAUUAUUUAAAUAUUUAAAAACUUAAAGAUCUUAUUUUCCAAAUGUAUUUCAAUGCUUGUACUCAGAAAAAAAAGUUUGGAAUUUAUAGUAUUUUGGUUAGUUGGGGAAAAGCAUUUCUAUUUCCUGAUGGUAUGCAGUUUUUUUUUUACAUCAUUGUCAGGAGUAAUCCAGAAAUAUAUACUGCAUGCAAGAAUGGCUCAAUGCAUACUAAAGAGAUUUGGCUAAAAAAUUUAAGCUGUUGAAUGAGGCUAUAAGCAAACAGGGAUAAUUUUUGACUCUUCAGCAUCUCUUCCAAUUUACUAGUUAUAUUUUGCUCUUAUUAUAAUACUCACUGUAUAUUAUAGUUUUGUUGAACUUUGAAUGUUGUAUUCCUUUAAUGUCCAGAUGGAUUUUUCUUUUAUUUGUUUCCUUAUAUAUCCAUCCAUAAGUGAUUUAAGAGCAAAAAGAGUUUCCUAAGUUACCCUCUCAUCAGAUCAUAUCCUAACAAGUUGAUGGCAUCAAAGGGUUUUUGCCCUAUUAGAUAUUGUGGCCCAAUGAAGAGUGCUGAAAGUGGAAAUAGGAGAACUGGGUGCUAGUCCUGUCUUAGGCACUUAUUAGUUGUGUGAACAUAGCUGAAUCACCUGGCCUCUCAAAGUUUCAGUUUCCACAUCACUAAAAUGAGGAAAAUAAUACAUGUACUCUCUAUCUCACAGGGCUGUUGGAAAUCUUCAAGCAUCAUACUAAGUUUUUAGAAGUCUGCAUAAGGAUUUGGUUCCAACACUGCAAAUUCAAUAGAAAGAGUUUGAUCAAUAGUAGGAGUGCACCAGUACAUUAUUAGUGAGUAUUCAGCUUCAGCUAAAUAUGUAUGCAUGCAUUCAUACACACACACACAUACACACACACACACUCUCCUAUUCUGCUAUUUUAGAAAAUAACUUUUCAAACUCUAUGCUGAAUAUAAUGUCAGAUGUAAUGAUAUUAAUAAUUAGCCCUGCAGGCCAGUUAACUAUGCUGAUGUUUCUGUGCUGUUGAAAUUUAACAGUUUUCUAAUCAGAAUUUUUUAUUCAGUUGUCUUAGUGAUUGAUUUUGGUGAAUUCAAUUGAACUGCCUAUAUAAUAAGAGCUAAGACAGCUGAAAAGUAUGAUUCUGCUCUUUUUAUCUGAUAUUUAAAAUUGUAAAGAUAGUAUAAACAUGUUGACUUCUGUAUAGUGGAAGAUAAUGAUAAAUAUAUUCAUUGGGUUCACUAAGAAAGUCAAACUGAUUAUUGCUAAGGUAGUGAUAAGUUUCUAUGCCUCUAUAAUAAUACAGCUCUAAAUCAGUACUUUGUUUCUAUAAUCAUCAGUCCCAUCAAGAAAUUUGGACUACAAAUCAUUAACAGUUAAAUUAAGGAGAUACCAUUAUUUUUUUCUUUUUCCUUCUUUUUUUGAAAAAAAUUUCAAGAAUAUUUU